AUGCCGUCACGGCGUCACAGCGCGCAUGCCGUCACGGCGUCACGGCGCGCAUGCCGUCACGGCGUCACGGCGCGCAUGCCGUCACGGCGUCACGGCGUCACGGCGCGCAUGCCGUCACGGCGUCACGGCGCGCAUGCCGUCACGGCGUCACGGCGCGCAUGCCGUCACGGCGUCACGGCGCGCAUGCCGUCACGGCGUCACGGCGCGCAUGCCGUCACGGCGUCACGGCGCGCAUGCCGUCACGGCGCGCAUGCCGUCACGGCGUCACGGCGCGCAUGCCGUCACGGCGCGCAUGCCGUCACGGCGCGCAUGCCGUCACGGCGCGCAUGCCGUCACGGCGCGCAUGCCGUCACGGCGCGCAUGCCGUCACGGCGCGCAUGCCGUCACGGCGCGCAUGCCGUCACGGCGCGCAUGCCGUCACGGCGCGCAUGCCGUCACGGCGCGCAUGCCGUCACGGCGCGCAUGCCGUCACGGCGCGCAUGCCGUCACGGCGCGCAUGCCGUCACGGCGCGCAUGCCGUCACGGCGCGCAUGCCGUCACGGCGCGCAUGCCGUCACGGCGCGCAUGCCGUCACGGCGCGCAUGCCGUCACGGCGCGCAUGCCGUCACGGCGCGCAUGCCGUCACGGCGCGCAUGCCGUCACGGCGCGCAUGCCGUCACGGCGCGCAUGCCGUCACGGCGCGCAUGCCGUCACGGCGCGCAUGCCGUCACGGCGCGCAUGCCGUCACGGCGCGCAUGCCGUCACGGCGCGCACGCGCAGGUGCCUGGCGGUCUGUGCCGGUGGGUUCCAGUCAUUCCAGACCUCGGGGCCCCGCGAGGGCGGAGCCGCGUUCUCUUCAGCACAGACCCGCCGGCCCCGCGAAGGCGGAGCAGCGUUCUCAGCACAGGCCUUGCGGGCUCCGCCUCGCUCUGGGACAGCGCUGGGCCGCGGCCACCGCCCGGCAGUCCUUUGGCCGUCCGGUCGCUGCCUUCUGCCUGGAAGAAGUUGAGCCUGGUGCAGUGGAGUCAGUCCCUCUGGAUGCUCUGCCAGGAAGGAUCGUAUCACGAUACACAGUGCCACCUUCGCCAGGUUCCAGGAAAGCCCUUCCUGCCUCCGCAGAAACAGCAAGGAGGUCAGCGUGGCCAAGAAAGAGCAGAUGAGGCACAGAGUGGAAGAAGCCGGGAUGUCAUUCAUGAUCAUCAGGGCUUAGGCUUUGACCUGGCCUACACGUUCCAGGAGGCCUGGUGGAUGCUGAACACCUCUGUGGUGGAGAAUGUGUGCCUUGGGCAGGAGCUGGACCCAGCCUGGCAAGGGAGAAUCCUAGAGGCCUGUGCCCUGUGGGCAGAUGUGGACACCAUCCCUGCCGGAGUCCACACUUCAUUUGCAGAGCAGAAACAGAACCUGGGACCAGCGCAAGGACCCUCGAGACUCCUCUGCAGGCAGGAGGCCCGGUUAAGACCUGAGAGGUCCGUCAAGUCAAUCCUUGAAAAGGACCACACCACUUCAUUAACCCAGAUGGAGGUUCCUCUAGAUGACCACGACAGGACAGCAUGGCCAACAGGAAAGGACAGCAUGCAAUAUGGCAGGAUAUCAAACUUCCGUAAGAAGCCACAAGAAAGAAGAUUCCAAGAUGGUCAAGCUCCAAGGGAGAGAGACAGAUGCAGAAAUCGAGUGGUCUCCACAAUUCCAAACGAGGAGGAGGUGCAUGCAACCCACAGGAGGACAGGAAGAUCUCCCCCUCUGGGACUUCGGUUCGGAUACAGUGCUCCACCCAAGCCCUCUACAACCCACAGAACAGGAGAUCUUUGCUGGGCUGAAAAGCCUCAGCAAGCUGCCUGAACAGGGCAGAGCAGCAACUUUGCCAGCGCAGGAGCUAUCAGCAGAGGGUAGGGGAACUAAAAACAGAGAAACAGCCCAUGCAGCAGGAUGGGUCCACCCCCCACCCCAACAAAGCCCAGCAGACUGAAAAAAACUCAUGGCAGUUUCGCACCUAGGAAGCAACCUGGAAUGAUCCAGCUUGGUGGGUGGGGGAGGGGAGGGGCAGCCACCAUUGCAGAACCCGGCCUAACAUUCCUGAGUAAAUAAAAGACACAGCACCUUCACUGAACCCAUAGCAGCCCAGCAGUGCCUCUGCAGGCAGACAAAGGACUCCUGACCUCAGGUGACCCACCUGCCUCAAGUACACAGGGAGGUGCCAAGUACGCUCACCCAAAUUCCUCCAACGUUGUUACUUACGUGACUGUAGUACACUGUCACCAUCAGGAAACUGACCUUGGUAUAAUCCCAAGUUUAUUCACGGUUAACCAGUUUUGUAUGCAAAAUGGGACUUGAGAAUGCUAGGAUUUGUAUGCAGUAUGUAUGUGUGUGUGGUUGUAUGAAAUUUUAUCACAUUUGUAGCUUUGUAUAAUCACACCUGAGAUAGAGAACUGUUCCAUCCCUACACAGCUCCCUCAUGCUACCACUUUUAACCACACUACCCCUCGCCUCCCAUUUCUAACUCAUAGCAACCACUAAAUCUCUUCUCCAUCUCUGCAGUUUUAUUUCAAUAAUGUUACAUAAAUGCAAUCAUACA